UUGAAUCUGAAGGAGGAAGAGGCGUCUCCAGGACACCGAGCUUUUGUGCUCUUUGCAAGGAGGCCAAAUGUUCCUGUAGCGCUGCUGGAGAGAGCGUGGCCAGUGCAGCUUGUUUGGCUUGGCAACGGGUGUCCAGGCACAGCGGCCGUGUUCUGGCUCUGUCCCAGCCAUGGGGUGGCCAGCAGGACCACGGCAGUCACUGUGCCCCUGUCGCGGGCACUGUCCGAUGGCAAAAGUAAAAAAUCGAAGAAAGAAGCGAAGCUGAGAGCUGAAGCCCAGUUAAGAGCUGAACAAGAAGAAGCAGAAAGACUUGAAAGGGAGAGACUAUAUCAAGAGCACUUGGAAAAGCUUGAAGCAAAGUAUCAAGGAGAGAAGGAGUCUGAACUAGCAGAACUUAAUUCAUUGGAACAGAAGUUUCUUUCUGCACAGCAGUGGAAAAUGGAUUACAGAGAACAAGCCAAGUGGGAGCAUUACCUCAAAUGUGAUGGGACUCCUGACCCCACUAUACCUCAGGAGAUCAACACUUUCAUGAGCUUGUGGCGUGACGACCAAGAUGUGGACAUUCAGCUUGUGAUGGAGAAGGAGGAAGUGGUCCUAAAUUUGAUUGAGCAGUUGGAGUUUCUUCUAUUGGAAGCAUCACCAGAUGAGAUCACAGAAAAACAACGAGACCAGUACCAGGAAUUUAUUUUGCAAUUGCAGGAUCUGCUUCAUCAGAAGUACAAUGAGGCUACUCAGAACCUGCUCAAAGCAGCUAGUAUGUAUGAAGAUUCUGAAACUGGGAACAUGCACACAGUCAUAAAGGAUAAAAAUACUACUUUUUGUAUUUGGGCCAAUCUGAAGAAGAAAGCAAGCAUUCAUUCUGCAGACUCUCAGUGCUGGCUGUUGCUAUGGAGUGGUUUAGAGAUAUAUAAAUUUCUUAAAAUGCAACAGCAGAGCCCUGUCACUGCCAGAAGAAAUUUGGAAGAAAAACAACAACGCUCAUGCAGAGAUUUGAAAUUCCUCUGGAAGCAGUGUUUCUUGCUGAUGCAUUUCAUAUUUUCUAAGUUGUUCCAGUUGCUUGCAAAGCAGUUCAAGAACCACAUGUUCCAGGAGGUGGGGCAUGGCUUUGACCUGCCCAAAUCCCUGGCUCUGAGCAGUGUGGCCGUUCGAGUGUUGCACACCUGCUACGACCACGUGUCUCCCCUGUGGGUGCACUGCCAAGGGCUGCCGAGGCCAGAGGCCUCAGACAGCGAGGAGUUAGCUGAGCAUCCAGAAGACACUGGGCAAGAACCAGGAGAAGAGGAGGAGAAAGGCAUUAAAGAGCCCAGUGUGCCUGCUGCAGAAGAAACAUGUUCUACAGGGAGGAAGGAGAGUGCUGCCUCUCUGAAAGAAAAUAGCAAUAACACAGAUGAUAUAAAAGAGACAGAGGAGGAAACUGAGAUGAAUGCAGACGCCUUGGAUGUACCAUCACAAGAAGCGGAUGCGCUGCUGCAGGAGGAGGCAGGAGGCAGAGAAGAGGCACCCAGAGCUGUUGAUUUGCAGCAGCUGCUGCCCCUGGGGGGUGUGUACCACAUCGAUGCCCUGCAGCUGCCGCCCCAGGCCCAGGACCUCGGGGACUGGAGCAUGGUGGAGCUGCUGGAUGUUGGAUUGGAGGUGUAUCCAUAUUCCCCAGGAGAGGCUGAAGAUGACACACAGUUUGCAGUACAGAUAACCCUGAAGCUCCCUGAUAAUGUGAUUUAUUUUAAAGUGCCUGUGGUAGCCCGAUGGGAUGCUGCAGGCCAGCAGUGGAGAACUGAUGGCAUCAGCGAGAUAACAUAUGAAGCAGAAGAAAAGAGCAUCACUUUUGGGAUGGGUGCCUUUUAUACAGUAGCCCUUUUCCAGGAUGCUCACCUGAACCUGCCCUAUCAGGCCUGGGAAUUGCACCCCACUGGGGUGGAUGAAGGACUCUUCACACUAACUGCAGCCUUUGCAACCAUUCAGAUACAAAUUAAGGAUAAUCAGUGUAUGUUGUCCUCAGUAGUGGUGGAAGAGGAGGAGGUGCUUUCCCACAUCACAGGAAAAUGGAUGAGUCCUUUUGCCCUCAGAGCAGCUUUGAAAAGAGCUGGAGUGAACAUUUUCCCAGCAGAGUACUCUCCCAAGUAUGUCCCUGUGCCCAGGAAGGCUGCCCUGGCAGAAGUGAAGGCCUAUGAGCAGAUGGCUCUGCUUGCAGCUGCUUUUGCUUUUGCUCACAGCAAGUGGAAUGGAGAAGCAGGGCCAGAGCGAAUCGUGUUCAAGGCAAGUGAACAUCUUACAGUGGGUUCUGCCAAAGACAACGACUGGUCUCUUUAUAUGUUCAAUGGUGAGAAAGUACAAAACCUCAAGCUCACUGAAACCAGUGAAGCUUUUACAGAAGAGCUGGAAGAAGAGUCUGAAUUUCACUCCACACUCUACCAUAUGCUCAAGGCUUCUGCCAGCAAUGAAGCCAUGGAUAAAGUGGAAAGAGCUGGCUUCCUGUUUAUUGAUUCUGUGUAUCAGCUGCUCCUUGCUACCAGAGUUUUAGCAUACUCUUAGAUACAGCAAGCUUUCCUUCAAAACUUUAUUAUCAAAAGCUUUCAAAAAAGUUACAUUUCAAGUCUUAAA